GAUUAUUUAUUACAGCGGUUUGUUUGAACUGUUCCAAAUUUAAUGACUCCUAUCCAUUGGUACAUGAAUAAGAAAAUGAUACAAUCAAAUUUCAGUAUUAAUCAGUCAAGUGAAAAUAAUUUAAUCAAUAGUAUUUCAAAUUCUGAUACCUAGUGUGUUCUGUUAAAAAAUGUGGCGUGAUAAAGUUUACAGUGGCACAUUGCGUCCUCAAAUUUGUAUGAAAAAUGUGUCUGGAAUAGAACUGGACGUUUUAUUAAACGAAUUCACAAGAACAAUAAGAUCGAAUCCUAGUACGAGAAUUUCUCAUGUUCAUUCUGUUGAUAAAAUCGACUACGGUUUAUAUUUAGGAGAUAAAUAUGCUGCCAAAGAUAAGAGAUUUUUAAUGAAGAAUGGAUUUACACACGUUCUAAAUGCUGCACAAGGAAUAGAUGAAUGCCAGGUUAAUACAGACAAUAAUUAUUACGCAGGAACAAACAUAAAAUAUUUGGGAAUUCCAGGGCAUGAUAGACCUUCCUGGAAUAUUUCAGUUUACUUUGAACAAGCUUCUAAAUUCAUUCAUAAUGCUGUUAUAAAUGGGGGUAUGUAA